AUGGAGGCAGACGCGAGCCAUGCACCCACCACCUCUUCCUCCUCCGUCUCCUCGUCGACAUUGUCCACCUCCUCCUCCUCCUCCUCCCUCGCCACCAGCGCGCUAGAGCUCCCCAAGAGCCCCAAGCCCAAGCACCCCAAGAAGCGCAAGAGAGCCGGCUCCGACCGAGAGCAGGACGCCGCCGCGAACACCAAUGGUGUCCGUGGAGACGAGAGCAGCUGCUGCAGCACCGACGAAGACUUCGCCGCCGCGAGCGUCAAGGCGGCCGUGCCCAAGAGCGGCUUCAAGCACCCGUCGUACCGCGGGGUGCGGCGCCGGAGCUGGGGCAAGUGGGUGUCCGAGAUCCGCGAGCCGCGCAAGAAGUCGCGCAUCUGGCUCGGCACCUUCCCGACCGCCGAGAUGGCGGCGCGCGCCCACGACGUGGCCGCGCUCGCCAUCAAGGGCCGCUCCGCGCACCUCAACUUCCCGGAGCUCGCGCACGAGCUGCCCCGCCCGGACUCCACGUCGCCCGCGGACAUCCAGGCCGCCGCCGCGAAGGCCGCCGCCACCGCCGCCGUGCAGUGCGAGGCCGAGCCCGAGCACGAGCACGAGCCGGAGACGCCGUCGUCCUCCUCCGGCGCCGUCUCGGAGACACCGGAGGCCGCAGCCUGCGCCGAAGCGGCGCCCGCGGACAGCGGCGAGGUCGACAAUGCGCUGUUCGACCUGCCCGACCUCCUUCUGGACCUGAGGGACGGGCUCUUCUGGUCGCCGGUCUGGCCGGCGGCGCUGGCCGCCGAGGAGUACGACGGCGGCUGCUGCGUCGGGCUCAGCGAGCCUCUCCUGUGGGCCGAGUAG